AUGCACGUCUCAACCAUCCUCUCCCCACUCCUCUUCCUCCUCCCCCUAACCACUCUCGCCAAGCUCAACGGCCCUUGCACCGGGGCCGCCAACAAACCGGGCGUCUGCAUCAAGACCAGCUCGUGCACCUCGGGCGGGGGGACCUACAUCUCUGGCGCAUGCCCGAACGACCCGAACGACGUCAAGUGCUGCACCAAGGCGUCGUGCGGCAGCGGCGGCACGUGCAAGUUCGUCGACAAGUGCGAGUCGGGCUCGACGAAGGCCGGUCUCUGCCCGGGGCCGAGCGACUUCAAGUGCUGCCUGCCCAAGUCCGGCGGGGGCGGUAGCGGGUUCCCGCCGCCGAAUAUCCCCGGGGUCGGGGCGUGCAAGAAGGUGGCGGUCGAAGGGGCGAAGAAGAUCGUGGCCAAGAACAAGGGCAAGGUCAAGACCGAUCAAGGCAAGAGCAUCGCCGAAUGGGCGAUGCGCAACCACGGCAGCCUCAAACUCACGUACGUCAUUUUUGGCCAGCGCAUCUGGAACCCGUCGCGUGAUGCGGUUGGUCCAUGGAGCGGCUGGAGGAAAAUGGAGGACAGGGGCAGCGUGACGGCGAAUCAUUGGGACCACGUUCAUGUUAGCUUCAAAGGCUAG